AUGGGCUACCCCACUACACCUCCCCUCGUCGCGCCUCCGCUCGCCUCGCCGCGCCUCCUCUGCCAUCAGCGCGCCAACACCCUCGUCGCGCUGCCUCUCCUUGCGCCUCUACUCCCGCUUGCCUUCUCCCACCCGCCCAUCCCUUGCCCUCGCUUCCCUGCCCUUCUAUUCCCUCUUGUUCCCUUCCCCUUAUUUUUCCCUCUGCUUUCCCUCUUUCCUGUCUGCUUCCCCUCAUUCCCGUCUGCUUCACCUCAUUCCCGUCUGCUUCCCCUCAUUCACGUCUGCUUCCCCUCAUUCCCAUUUGCUUCCCCUCAUUCCCCUCAAUUCCCCUCCUUCUUCCCCUCAUUUCCCCUCCUUCCCCUCAUUUCCCCUCCUUCCCCUCAUUUCCCCUCCUUCUUCCCCUCAUUUCCCCUCCUUCUUCCCUUCAUUUCCCCUCCUUUCCCUCGUUUCCUCUCAUUCUUCCCCUUAUUUCCCCUGCUUCCCCUCAUUUCCCCUCAUUCCCCCCCUCAUUUCCCCUCCUUCCCCCCCUCAUUUCCCCUCCUUCUUCCCCUCAUUUCCCCUCCUUCUUCCCCUCAUUCGCCCUCCUGCUUCCCCUCGUUUCCCCUCCUUCUACCCCUAGUUUACCCUCCUUCUUCCCCUCAUUUCCCCUCCUUCUUCCCCUCGUUUCCCCACCUUCUUCCCCUCAUUUACCCUCCUUCCCCUCAUUUCCCCACCUUCCCCUCAUUUCCCCUCCUUCUUCCCCUCAUUUUCCCUCCUUCUUCCCCUCAUUUCCCCUCCUUCCCCCCAUUCACCCUCCUUCUUCCCCUCGUUUUCCCUCCUUCUUCCCCUCAUUUCCCCUCUUUCUUCCCCUCAUUUCCCCUCCUUUCCCUAAUUUCCCCUCCUUCCCCUCAUUUCCCCUCCUUCCCCUCAUUCACCAUCCUUCUCCCCCUCGUUUCCCCUCCUUCCCCUCAUUUCCCCUCCUUCUUCCCCUCAUUUCCCCUCCUUCUUCCCCUCAUUUCCCCUCCUUCUUCCCCUUGUUUCCCCUCCUUCUUCCCCUCAUCUCCCCUCUUUCUUCCCCUCAUUUCCCCUCCUUUCCCUCCUUCCCCUCAAUUCCCCACCUUCCCCUCAUUUCCCCUCCUUCGUCCCCUCAUUUCUCCUCCUUCCCCUCAUUUCCCCUCCUUCCCCUCAUUUCCCCUCCUUCUUCCCCUCAUUUCCCCUCCUUCUUCCCCUCAUUCCCGUCUGCUUCCCCUCAUUUCCCCUCCUUCCCCUGUUUACCCUCCUUCCUCUCAUUUCCCCUCCUUCCCCUCAUUUCCCCUCCUUCCCUCAUUUUCCCUCCUUCCCCUCAUUUCCCCUCAUUCCCGUCUGCUUCCCCUCAUUUCCCCUCCUUCCCCUGUUUACCCUCCUUCCUCUCAUUUCCCCUCCUUCCCCUCAUUUCCCCUCCUUCCCCUCAUUUUCCCCCUUCCCCUCAUUUCCCCUCAUUCCCGUCUGCUUCCCCUCAUUUCCCCUCCUUCUUCCCCUCAUUUACCCUCCUUAUUCCCCUCAUUUCCCCUCCUUCCCCUCGUUUCCCCUCCUUCUUCCCCUCAUUUCCCUUCCUUCUUCCCCUCAUUUCUUGCCCCGCUUUUCCUCAUUUCCCCCCCUGCUUCCGCUCAUUUCCCUCUCUGCGUACCCUCUUACGUCGUCCUAUCUCCCCCUUUCUCUUCCCCCCUGCUUCCCUCUUCCCCCUCUUCCCUGUCUCCACUUCUUGUUCCCCCUCCCAAUCCUUCGCAUUAUCUCCCUCUCUCUGGCUAUUGCAGUGACUACACUGAAGAUUUUUCUGGUACUUCAACUCGCCUCAGCCCAUCAUCCCAUCCCAUGCCAUGCUCGUAG